AUGUAUACAAAUCAUCAAUCAUCAUCAUCAUCAUUGCUUGAAAGCAUCAACAAUUCAUCAAUUGUCACAGGAACAUGUUCAAGACCAAAUCUACCGCCAACUGGUCGAAUACGUUUUGCAUCCAUGGAAAAAGUUAAAUUUGCUGAAAAUGAGACUAUUUAUAUUCUAUGUGAAGAGAAUCAAUUUCCACAUCAGGCACAGAAACGUAAAUGUCAUCAUGGACGUUGGCUUGGUAAACAGGCACGUUGUGGUAAAGCAGUUGUAACGAAAAUGAAUCUAUUAGAAGCAACAAGUUGUUCAGAAUUAGAUCAACCAUUAUUAUUGUCAGUGAAUUUAACACAAGUGGAUGAAACACCAUAUCCAUUGCCACCAAAUUCAUUUCAUUUUACAAGAGUACCGGACAAAACACCUCUUUCAGUAAUAGGUUCCGAUUGUUAUCAUUGGUAUAUGCAAUUUGAACAACCAGUUGAAAUGCAAUAUUUAUUGAUUGAUAUCAAUAUCAAAAAAGAGGAUUCAAUAAAAAAAGAUCGACCUAAAAUUGAUAUUAAAAUUAAAAAUAGAAAAUGUCAACUAGAACAUACAAGCUAUCAAGUGAUUGAACAGGAUGAAAUAUUUGGAAAUUAUUUUUUCUGUGAUUUAUAUGAAAAUAUUACAAUCAAAAACAAUAGUGACUAUAAUACGACAACAGCAACAACAACAAUGAUGAUGCUUGAUGAUGAUAUUAUUAAAACGGAUAAUUUAGAAAUGAUUAUACAAAUAAAAGGUAAUCGUAGUGUUGGCCUAGAAGCAGUAUUUAUUGGUGAAACAUAUAAAAAAAUAUUAAAACAUUUGGGAAAUAAAUCCAAUAUUGAUUGUGGAAAACCAGAAAUGAAAAGAACAGGUGUUCUUGAACAAAUUGAUCUGUCACAUAUUAAGCUAAGGUGUAAUGAUUCAUUUAUUUUUCUUCAAACAACAUCAACAACAAUUUUUGAACUUCUCAAAUGUGGUACAAAUGGAUUAUGGCAAGGUGAAUUCCCAGUAUGUACACCAAAGAAAACGUGUUCGAAAUCAGAAAUUUUUGAUACAUUAAAUCCAACAAUACAAUUGGAACAAAUUGGUAAUGUUUAUUGGUUUAAUGAGAGUGAAUGGUUUGCCAUCGAACAUACAUGGAUACAUUAUACAUGUUCAAAUUUUGAUGGUAUUAUGGUUGGUAAAUCUGAACGUACCUGCCGUGGAGGUCAUUGGACCAAUAAAGUACCACAUUGUACCACAGCACUUAAUUCGGGAUCAGUCACAAUUAGUAUCAUCAUAAUCAUAUUGGUCAUAUUGAUUGCUGUAUUUUCAUUGAUUGUUUAUCUAUCGAUUCGUGCACAUGGAAAAAAAAUAAAUCGAAAAUUAGAAUCAGCAAAAUAUGAAUUAGAAGAAAAAGCAUUGAAUAAACAAAUAUCAGCAUCAUCCGAUGGUUAUUAUAGUGAUAUUGGAUUGGAAACAAUAUAUGAAGAUUGUAAAGAAAUCUAUACAGUACCUGAUUAUGAAAUGGCCGAAGAUAUUCGUUAUGAUAUUGAUCCAGCAAGAAGAAUACAACCAAAAUUGUUGCCAUUACCAUUCUCAUCAUCAUCAUCACAACAACAACAACAGCAACCAUCUAAUAGAUUAUCCGAACAAAUACAAUAUCAAUCAAUGGAACCUGAAUAUCUAGCCAUGACAGAAGGAACAUUAAAUAGACCAAAAACUAGACCACCAUUAACACCAACAUAUUAUAAUGAUGAUGUUUAUGAAUAAUCUAUAGAUGAAAAUCUCUAUAAUACAAAAUUGUUGUUGCUAGGAAUCGAAUAUUACGGGGGGGAAAAAUACAAAACUUUUCACUAUUUAUAUAACUUAAUGUGUAAAUAUUGUCAUUUUUAAAAAUAAAUUUUAUCCAUAAAUACACAAUAAAAAAUGACAACAACAAUG